CACAGGCCGGAAGUACUUCAGAAGUAGGUCAUGCCUUUACGACACAAUUGACGGUAACAUCGUUACGGUUUACGUUAGCGCCGGUUCGGCAGUGGACGACUUCGUAAAGAAAAAAGGAAGAUAAGUUUGACAAUCGCAUCGUCUGACUCGGCUCAUUUUUGACGAUGCAAAUAAGGACAUCCCUUUAUCGUAGUUACAUGUAAUAUUCGUGUGGAUGUUUAGCGUCAAGCUCAUGUGCUUUCUCUAACGUAAUAACCGAGGUACGACUUUUAUCCCCGGCAUGAUAUACAAUAUUAGCUAACUUGUUAAACAUCGCGUCUGGCAUAUUCCUCCCGCCAUCAUGCCUAUUCAGCUGACAAGUCAGGCGUACUGUAAAAUGAUCUUACACGCUGCCAAGUAUCCUCAUAAUGCCGUGAAUGGCUUACUGGUGGCAGAAAAAGGCAAGGAAAAAAAGAAAGAAAGUCACCCCCACGACCCUGUCUUGUGUGUGGACUGUGUACCGCUCUUCCACUGCACUCUGGCUCUGGCACCCAUGCUGGAAGUUGCUUUAACACUGAUUGAUACUUGGUGUAAGGAAAAUAAUUACGUUAUUGUCGCUUACUAUCAAGCCAACGAAUGCAUCAAGGAUCCAAGACCCAACCAGGUUGCGGAAAAAGUGGCAGCAAGGAUUUCUGAGAGUUUCAGUGAUGCUGCGAUUGUUAUGGUGGACAGCAGCAGGUUAAGAAUGAGUUGCCAGGAGUCCAUUGUAAUUAUUUAUGAUCAUCAUGAAGAUAAAUGGAAAAGCAGGGACGUCACUGUCGACUCCUUCGAGGACUGGAGCGAAGCCCAGAAGAUCACAUCGGCUCUUUUAGAGGGAAGGUCCUACGAGGACUUGAUUGAUUUUGACAAUCACUUGGAUGACCUCAGGAACGACUGGACCAACCCGGUGAUCAACAAGUCCGUCCUGGAUCUGUGCUAAGAGGUGCGUGGAGGCCACUGCCACUGCAACUUUAUGUGGCCCAGGAGCACACAACACUCCAUAAUGUCCCGGUUCCAGCUUCAAGUUCUGCUGCUGUCCAGAAUUUGUGGACCUUUUGUUGGUCAAACUCUCUCAAGGGCAAGUACUUGAUGUGCAUUUUGGCAGCUGGUAAAGAGAAAUAUGUCAACAUGCAUUUUAUAAAGAAUGCUGUUUCUUAAUACGUAGUUAGGUCCAUAAAUUAAACGUCUUGAAUUUUUAACAAUUUUAUUUUCCUUUACAUUUAUAUUGCAGUAAAGUCAGAAUUUUAGUUGAUACUAACUACAGUGCUGAAAUACUUGAUAGAAAACAAACUACAAUGGGAUGUUUGUCUUUCUAGGAACAUCAGCUAAUGGACUUAUUUUAAUGUUAUUUGAAAGAUUUUAACAUUAACUCGGUCUGCCUCUUUGUUUCAUUACUUAAUUUGAUUGAGCUCUCCUAAUCUAAAAAACAUAACUAAUGUAUUUGCAGUAAUUGUGUUUAAGAUAACAAGUCAUUUGUCAGCCAUAGCAAGUAACUGCAGUAUUGUGUUUUCAUUUCAUUAAACUGAUUUUAUUUAACUGAAUGUACAUUUUGGAAGUGAAACAUUUUAUGCCACCUGUCUAUCACUGAAGUUUAAUUUGUAAAAAGUUAUCUUUUUUUAAAUCACGUCACUUUCAAGGGAAUAUAAAUAAAUAUUUGGUUUUGAUUUGAGUGUAUUAAACUGAUCAAGGUUG